AAAAAAAUGUUAGCGGGCUAUUAGUUUUUUGUGCUUAACAGAUGAAACCAUAAUUAAAUAUUUAAAUAUUAAUUUCUAGAUUGUCUACGAAAUUUGGUAGUUGUCCAUUUAAUAAAUAAGUCAUAAUUGAAAAUGCUAAGAAAUGGUUAUUGGUCUUUGAUGUGUAGAGGUCGAAGGAAAAAGAUAGCAACUUUGAUUAUGAUGUUAAUUUUGUUAAUUAACGCAUUGUUUUAUGUAAGCUUUGAAUUGUAUAAUACUGUAAAACGACGACACAAAGAACCAUGGUAUAAUAGUUUACAUUUUGAUGAAAAUUCUUAUGUGGAUAAGACUGGAAUGAGAGUUGUUGUGGGACAUUAUGUUGGAGGUAACAUUGGACGCAACUUAUCAGAGGAGAUAAUUCAUAGAAACAAUUAUUCUCCUGUGCCUGGGGAAGGCGAAGGUGGCCGACCAGUAAUGCUCUCCCAAAAAGAAUUAAUUACAGCGAGAGAAUUAUAUUCACUACACUCUUACAAUAUAUUAGUUAGCGAUAAAAUUUCAAUUAACAGAAGUCUUCCAGAUGUUAGAAGUGAGAGUUGUAAAAGCAUUGAAUAUGACAUAAAUAAUCUUCCAACUGCUAGUGUGGUCAUUGUGUUUCACAAUGAGGCUUGGUCGACCCUGAUGCGUACUGUGAUGUCAGUGCUUAUCAGAUCUCCAGAGGAACUGUUGAAGCAGAUAAUUCUGGUAGAUGAUGCAAGUGAUAGAAAAUAUUUGGGAAAGGAAUUAGAUGACGCAAUAAAGAAAUUAAGCAAAGUUCAGUUGCUCAGAAGCCCAGAGAGAACAGGCCUUGUUGGAGCCCGACUUAUGGGUGCACGGUCUGCCACUGGGGAUGUAUUAGUUUUUCUGGACGCACAUUGUGAAGUGACUCAUGGAUGGUUAGAGCCUCUUUUGGAUCGGGCCGGCAACGACGACGUAUUCAUUUGCCCACACAUAGAUUUACUCUCUGAAGACACGUUGGCAUACACGAAGAGCAUCGACGCGCAUUGGGGCGCUUUCAGCUGGCGUUUGCAUUUCCGUUGGCUGAUGCCGAGCGGCGAGGUGAUGAGAAACAAGUCUGAGUAUCCCUCGAAACCUUAUCCUACUCCUGCGAUGGCUGGUGGACUGUUUGCAGUCAGAAGGAGUCUUUUUUGGCGGUUAGGCGGUUAUGAUGAAGGUAUGGUGAUAUGGGGUGCGGAGAAUUUGGAGUUAUCAUGGCGUGCGUGGCAGUGUGGCGCGAGAGUGGAGAUUACUUCUUGCUCCAGAGUGGGACAUAUAUUUAGGAGACACAGCCCUUAUAAAUAUCCGGGUGGGGUUGCAGAAGUCCUCAAUUCAAAUUUAGCUAGAGCUGCAACUGUUUGGAUGGACGAGUGGGCCGAUUUCUUUUUCAAAUUCAACCCUUCAGUGGCGGCAAUCCGUGAUCGGCAGCAAGUAGCAGACCGAGUGGUGCUCCGCAAAAACUUGAAUUGCAAAUCUUUCAAGUGGUAUUUGGAGAAUGUUUGGCCGCAACAUUUCUUUCCAACGGACGACAGGUGGUUCGGGAGAAUUAGGAACGACAGGGGUGGUUGUUUAGGCGUCGUGUCAACUACACCGGGCUUAGGAGGUCCAGCAGUGGGCAUAGAUUGUGGGAACGAUAUGGACAUUGAUAGGUUAAUAGUGUAUACGCCAGAAGGCAGACUGAUGGCCGAUGAAGGACUUUGCCUGGAACAGGGUAACGGUCGUGCGGUUUGGAAAAGUUGUAGCGAUAGACCGAAACAAAUAUGGGAACAAAAAGGCCCCAGAUUGAAGACGAAAGGAGGCUUGUGUUUGACGUUAGUGAAGACUGAUAGUAAAGACGGUGUCGGUAGCCACUUGACGGCUAAGAAGUGUACAAACGACGUAGGGCAAAUAUGGCAUUUUGAACGUGUGCCUUGGCGUUGAACCGUUGUGAAAUUUUAGUUAAUGUUCGAUGAGUGUUUUGAGGUGUCGUUGAAUAUUUUUAUUGUAUUUGACCAGUGAAUUAUGAUGAAUGAAUAGUAAAAGAUACUUUUUGUACAAUCUAUAUUUUGAUGUUAAUUAAUAAUGCCAAUUUAAUGGUACAAGUGAAUAUUAUAUGCUUUUUUACUUAACGAUUUGAAGGUUUUGUGAUAUUCGAAAAGGAUUUUUAACUUUUAUGUAAUAAGAUAUUAAUUUACUUUAUGUUUGGUUUUAACUCACUGUAACUGUAACUAAAAGACUAUGAUAGUAUUAAAAUAUUUACAUGUAUAAUAGAAACUGUGAUUCUAGCACAAAUUAGUUUAUAAUGUAUUCAUAUAUAAUUCCAAUAUGGAUGAUAUAUUCUAUGGUAUAAUGCCACAAGCCCUACAAGGACACGUCUAUGAGUAUGUAUAACUUA